AUGAGCGACCCUAAAGUGAGUGCGAGCGAAGCGGAAGAGGCGCGGAGUGAAGCGCGGGAGCCGCUCGGCGCGCAGCAGGCGGUGAUGAUUUUCGUGAAGCGACCAGCGCCGGGGCGCGUGAAGACGCGCCUGGCGGCCGGCGUGGGGGCGGACGCGGCGUGCGACUUCUACCGCGCGUGCUGCGAGCACGUCGUCACCAAUAUCGCGCGCUGCCCCGACCUGUACGUGACUAUAGCGAGCCGGUGCUGUGGUGUGGCAGGCAGGCACGCAUCCACGCAUGUCUUCAUCUUCUUCUCUGAGCCGUCGGAUGAAGGCGAGAUCCGACGGUGGAUGCAGCAGCUGCUGCCUUCCUCCACCUCCCUCCGCUUUGUGCCUCAGGUGGGGGGAGACGUGGGGGCGCGAAUGCAAGCAGCCUUCCAGCACGUGUUGGGCCUGGGAUACCAGCGGGUGGUGGUGAUCGGAACCGACAUCCCUGAUGUGGAUGGGGUCACAGUGGCUGCCGCGCUCUCUGCUCUUAGAAACCACCAGGUGGUGUUUGGCCCGGCCCUGGAUGGCGGGUACUACCUCCUUGGCCUCACUGCAGUGCUGCCGUGCCUCUUCCAUCACGUGCUCAUUCCAUACAUGCACGUGCUCAUUCCGUACAUGCACGUGCUCAUUCCAUACAUGCACGUGCUCAUUCUAUACAUGCACGUGCUCAUUCCAUACAUGCACGUGCUCAUUCCAUACAUGCACGUUCUCAUUCCAUACUUGCACGUGCUCAUUCCAUACAUGCACGUGCUCAUUCCAUACAUGCACGUGCUCAUUCCAUACAUGCACGUGCUCAUUCCAUACAUGCACGUGCUCAUUCCAUACAUGCAUGUGCUCAUUCCAUACUUGCACGUGCUCAUUCCAUACAUGUAUGCAUAUGCGUAUCAGUAUCCGAUCUCUCAUCUGCAUCCUUCUUAA